AUUAAGAUAAUAAAAAUAGAAAUUAAAAAGUAGAUAGAUAAUAAGAUUGUGUUUAAAAAUAAUCUUCAAAUGGAAAAUAUUGAUAAGCACUAGUUAGCAAAUCGCAAUUAAGACUAACAAAAAGAUAUCAAACCAUAACUAGAAGAUCCUAUCAUAUCUUAGACAGAGAGACUAGGUUCUUAUUAGAAUAGAAUAAGAAUUUAAAGUUAACAGUAGUAAUCUUCUUCUAAUUUGAAAAGCGCAGCAAGUCUUCAAACAGAAGAAAAGAGUGAUAAAUGUGGUCUCUCAACUGCAAAUACCACAAUAGCUACAGGGAUGGCUACUCAAAGCAAUAAUACUUAGUCAUUUAAUAGCAUAAAUACAACAAAUUAAACAAUAGACUAUAAUACUACUGAUAACAACUUAAUUAAAAAGAAAAUCAUGUCACAGAGACCUAUUCCAAUAAAAUCCAUAAAAAGGGCCGAAAGUACAAACGAAAACUUUUUAGCAACACAAGAUAAAAAUCCUUGUUUAGGUUUACACUUACAACAAAAGAUGAAUGGAACUAUAACACAUUUUGGGAGCGGAAAAUUAUAUAAAUCUAAUCCACUAGACCUUCUUAAAAAUAUACAAAAAGAAACAAUACCUUUAAAGCUAACAUCAGCUUUAAGCUGCAAUAUACAAUCACCCCUUUAAAACUCAAAUUUGUAAUAAGGAAAUAUAAAUUUCUCACACAAUUUUGCUUUCAAGAACAAAAUAAAUAAUGAUUAAUCGAAAUUACCUACUUUUAAUCAAUGUUCACUCAACAUAGAAAAAGAUUCUUAUAUUUAAAAAGAUGAUAAGAAUACUGAAAGUAGGUAAUCAACAGAUAGUAAUAAUAAUAGAAGCUUUUAAAUAGAAGAUCUUCCAUUUAAACAGAAAAAUACUUUAAGAAAAGCAAAUGUUUUAAGUUCUUCUACUUCUGUUUAAAGCUUUAAUUUAAUAAAUUAAUAAUCUUCUUAAUUUCAGUAGAAAUAGUAAUAAUAAUAAUCCUAACAACAAGGCUAAGUAUAUUCAAAGAAUGUAACUUUAACUAAUUUUCAUUAAGUUACUUAAUUUGGUUUAAAUUCAGUUUCUGCAUCUAAUUCGCUUAUUUAGCAAGAACCCAUAUUUAGUUCUAAUGCUGUUUAAAAAAAAUUAUUUUAAGCAAGUACUUUUCAAAAAACAUCUGAAGCAUCAUUUCCUUAGGUUAUAUGUGGAGAUCAAUCAACUAAAAAUAAAUAAUCAAGUUAGCUUAAUGAAAUGUUAACUAAUAACUAAUAAAUAACUUAACUGACAAGUGGUAAUAAUUUUUCAAUAAAUAAUCCUUUACAAAAUAAUACAAAUACUAACAAUAAAAUAAUCAAAUUUACUAUGAGAAAAUCCAAUCUUACCAAUUUAACUUCUAAUGUUUUACUAAAACAAUAAAGACCUCUCUAUAAAAGUGUUUCAGCUGAAUAAUAAAGUUAAUAAAAUGAAGAAAAAUAAGAUUAUGAACAACCCUUAGAGUUAAAUGAGCAAGAAGAGUUAGAAAUUAUCGACGAAUUCAAUGCAUAAGAAAUUCCUAUUUAAUUCAAUAUAGAAGAUAAUGAGGCUAAUCACAGUGAAAAAAAUAAUCUCUUUUUUAAUUAAAAUAUCAAUCUUUCUAAUAAAAAUAGUAGUAAUAACAAUACAUUAAAUUCAUUUAAUGAUCAAACAAACUAAAAUAAUUAAGGUAAUUUUAGUAAAAUCCCAUAAAACUAAGUUAAAAGAAAGAUAAAUGAAGCUAUGAGUAAGGCAACUUAUUACUCAUCCAAUUUCGAAAAAUAAAAGCUUUUUGAAUAGCAAAAUGAAGAAGAGGAAGCUAAUUUUAGAGAGUUAUGUUAAGUUUUUUCCAUUAUGUGA